AUGUCUGGAUCUGAUUCUGUAUCCACAGCUGGCCAGGGAACAAGGAUGGAAAACAUGUCCACUGUCAGUGACAUUCUUGUGCUGGAAGAAUUAGGACACCCUGAAUCAUUUGCAGAUGUUGUAUUCUAUACUCUACUCUUUGUCUAUAUUACACUGCUGAUAACCAAUUUUGGUGUUCUUGUUAUCAUCAUCAGAGAGAAAAGCUUACACCAACCCAUGUACUUGCUAUAUUGCAACUUGUCAGUGAAUGAUAUCCUUGGUAACACUGUUAUACUACCUCAACUGUUGUUUGACAUGGUAACUAAAAACAGGUUGAUUUCUUAUAAUGCGUGUGCUUCACAGAUAUUUUUUACUCAUACUUUUGCUUCAGCAUCACACACUAUACUGAUCAUAAUGGCUAUUGAUAGUGUACUAGUGGGCCUCACAAUUAGGUUAUCUCACUGUAGAUCACUUGUUCCAAAUUUUUAUUGUGACAAUGCCUCCCUAUUCAAGUUAUCUUGUGAAGAUGUGUCUAUUAAUAAUAUCUAUGGACUGUUCUACACUGUGGUAAUAUUGUCCUCCUCAAUGGGGACUGUUGCUGUCACAUACAUUAGAAUUGGUGUCACAUGCCUGACUAAGAAAAAUGCAGAGCUCAACAGCAAAGCCAUCCAAACAUGUGCAAGUCAUUUAGUCUUGUAUCUGAUAUUGUUGUUCUCUGGAUUCAUUAUUGUCAUCAUGCAUCGGUUUCCAGAUUCUCGCUUUUUAAGAAAACUCAUGGCUAUUCUUUUUCUUACCGUUCCUGCCAAUUUAAAUCCAAUUAUUUAUGGCCUACAGACUAAACAUUUAAGAUUGAAAAUUUUGCAAAUAUUUAAAAGAAAAAUCACACCUGAGGAUCAUGCAAUUGUUAACCAUAGAAACAACUGA